GAAGCACAGUUGGCUGAAUGGCUGCUAAAACAGCAACCAGCGGUGAACGCGUUAUGAUGCCGACCUGGCAACGUUUUCGGACGACUGGACCGAGCGAAGUACCGGGGACGAGCUUCACCGCCGGAUAAACCUGACGAGACAUCCUCGCCGCUGCUGCCCCGUGGCUCCCGCUGCCGUCCUUUCGGCCGCGGAACGCAGUGGACCGCUGUGGCUGCAGAUCAGAAUCACGAGUUGACCUGCGAGGACAUCCUCUUUGACCAUCAGCUGAGGACGGCGGUUUGGCGCAGUCGUCAGCGUCUCACUGAAACGUUUGAGUGCAUGCGGUCGUGAUGUUCAGUGGAAGCUGCCCGCCUCCGUUCACGCUCGGUCAGACCAGGUGCGCCAAGAUUUGAGAGGACAGCACUACCGACCUGCGUCUGCUCCGAACCUUCUCAAGCAUCUCCUUCAGCGGUCGGCCUGGCGGAGUGCAUGGCGUUGUAAUUGAUUCCAUCAUUCUCCGCGGAGUGGUGUGGAGCUAACAUCUCCAUGGAUGGCUGUUAAUUGGGCCCAAUGAUGUAGAAGCCAAAUCCUCCUGGAGUUGGUGUUUCCCCGUUCCACGGAGAGAAGUUCCCUCGAGUUCCCAUUCAUUCCUCUCGUGAAUUACCAACUUUCAAUCAUCUUGGCCUCUUUGUUCACCGAUGGAGCAAUGCAUCAUCAUUGUAGGAACUCGGUCCCUCCACCCCAAGAUUUGUUCAACUUUUCCUGAGUGACUCUUUCGACUGCACCAUCAUGUCCAGGUCCAACAGCGUCAGCCCACCAGGAGUUAGUGCUGUGGGGCUGAGGGGAGGGACCGAGCUCAGAUCAGCGUGGGGAGAGGCUGAGUCUGUGGUGAACGGCUGCCCCUACUCCAGCCGAUCCCCGCGCAGGAAGCUCACUCGCACGAGCAGUCGGUGGAGGGAGGAGGAUGAUCUGGAUCGCAGGCUGCCCGGGCGAACCUGCACCACCACCGUCAGCAGGGUCAGCUUCAGGUCCCGGUCCGCUUGGCAGGAACAUGGUGAGGAAACCCGAGACAACAUCCGCGCGUCCCCUCGGCGUCCCCACGGAGCGGUGAGACCCAGGUCCGUGGAGCUGGGGCUGGAGGAACGCAGGAGCAAGCAGAUGACCGCCGACGAAGAGGUCAUGCCCCAAGUUAACUUUUCGCUCGGGACGUGCUGCAACAGCGUCAUGCACAUUUUCAAAUCCAAAAAAUUCCAGUCGGAAAAUCUCGAGCGACUGUAUCAGCGCUAUUUUUUCCGGCUCAAUCAGAGCAGCUUGACCAUGCUGAUGGGGGUGCUGGUGCUGGUCUUCUCGGUCAUGUUGAUCUUCCACUGCUCCGGUGCGGCAACGAGGCCCAGUGUCACUUACAUAGUGGUCUUCACUUUGGCCAUCACUGUCAUCCUCGUCCUCAUGGUGGUCUGCAAUAGGAACGCUUUCCACCAGGACCACAUGUGGAUUGUGUGUUACGUGGUCAUCCUAGUGGUGCUGGUCGUCCAGGUGAUCGGAGUUCUACUGGUACAGCCCAGAAGUGCCUCGGAGGGGAUCUGGUGGACGGUGUUCUUCAUCCAUGUCAUCUAUACACUGCUGCCAGUGAGGAUGCGCGCUGCUGUCAUCACUGGAGUUAUUCUGUCAGCAAUUCACGUGGCUGUUUCUUGGAUUCUAAACGAGACGGACAGCUUUUUAUGGAAGCAGAUCGUGUCUAACGUGCUCAUCUUCUCGUGCACCAACAUUGUGGGAGUGUGCACUCAUUACCCGGCUGAGGGCUCCCAGAGGCAGGCCUUCCAGGAGACCAGGGAAUGUAUACAAGCUCGUCUCCACUCUCAGAGGGAGAACCAGCAGCAGGAGCGUCUCCUGCUCUCAGUGCUUCCCCGACAUGUUGCCAUGGAGAUGAAAGCUGACAUCAACGCCAAGCAGGAAGAUAUGAUGUUUCAUAAGAUUUACAUCCAGAAACAUGACAAUGUCAGCAUAUUAUUCGCGGACAUCGAGGGCUUCACCAGUCUUGCGUCCCAGUGCACGGCGCAGGAGUUAGUAAUGACCCUCAACGAGCUCUUUGCUCGCUUCGACAAGCUGGCUGCGGAGAAUCAUUGUCUGCGGAUCAAGAUUUUGGGAGACUGCUACUACUGUGUGUCCGGGCUGCCGGAGGCUCGAGCUGACCACGCCCACUGCUGUGUGGAGAUGGGCUUGGACAUGAUCGAGGCUAUCUCGCUGGUGCGCGAGGUGACGGGUGUCAACGUCAACAUGAGAGUGGGCAUCCACAGUGGCAGGGUGCACUGCGGAGUGCUGGGACUCCGGAAGUGGCAGUUUGACGUCUGGUCCAACGACGUCACGCUAGCCAAUCAAAUGGAAGCUGGUGGCAAAGCUGGGCGCAUCCACAUCACGAAGGCAACUCUGAAUUACCUGAAUGGCGACUACGACGUGGAGCCAGGGGCAGGUGGCGAGAGGAACGCCUACCUAAAGAAGAACAGCAUAGAAACCUUCCUCAUCGUGGGAUGCAGUCAGAAAAGGAAAGAAGAAAAGGCCAUGAUUGCCAAAAUGCAUCGUCAGAGGACGAACUCGGUGACCCACAACAGUGGUCACUGGACUGACCGUCCCUUCUACAACCACUUGGGGGGCAACCAGAUCUCCAAAGAGAUGAAGAGGAUGGGAUUUGAAGACCCCAAAGACAAGCAUUUCAUAUUCAGGAACACGCAGGAGAACCUGAACCCAGAAGACGAGGUGGACGAGUUCCUGGGCCGAGCCAUCGAUGCCCGCAGCAUCGACCGCCUGCGUUCGGAGCACGUCAAGAAGUUCCUGCUAACCUUCAGAGAGCCCGACCUGGAGAAAAAGUACUCCAAACAGGUGGACUCCAGAUUCGGGGCCUACGUAUCCUGUGCCUCCCUUGUCUUUCUCUUCAUCUGCUUCAUCCAGAUCGUCAUCGUCCCUCCGUCUAACUUGAAGAUAGGCUUCUUCGUCACCUGCCUCAUCAUCCUCACCGUGGUCAUGUUUGUGUCCACAGUGUACUGCUGCUUCGGGCUCUUCCCGGCAGCUCUCCAGACUCUAUCCAAGCGCAUCGUCCAGUCCCGGCUGAACAGCACGUUGGUGGGUGUCUUCACCAUCAUCGUCGUCUUCCUCUCUGCGUUCAUUAACAUCUUCACCUGCAGCAGCGGCGAUCUGCGCGUCUGCAUCCGCUCAGAGCUCAACAUCAGCCUGGACAGCGUGAACGCCUGUCACGCCCAUCUGCUCAACUACAGCCUGGAUUCCCGGGUGAGCCCCUGUGGCGACGGUGCCCCCUUCUGCAGUUUUCCUGAGUACUUCUCCUCAUGUGUGCUGCUCAGUCUGCUGGCCUGCUCCGUCUUCCUGCAGGUCAGCAGCAUCGGUAAACUCUUCCUCAUGCUCUUCAUCGAGCUCCUCUACCUCCUUAUCAUGGAGGUGCCCAAAGCCAGUCUCAUGGACAACCAGGACCUGCUGGUCACCGCCAACGCCAUCGACCUUCUCGAGCACAUCAACGGAACAAGCUGUGUGAUGGACUCCAAGGUUCCUCUGAGGAUCAUGACCCCUGUGGUCAUCACUGUCUUCGUCCUGGCUCUCUACCUUCACGCCCAGCAGGUGGAGUCCACGGCGCGGUUGGACUUCUUGUGGAAGCUGCAGGCCACAGAGGAGAAGGAAGAGAUGGAGGAGCUGCAGGCCUACAACCGCCGUCUGCUGCACAACAUUCUGCCGAAAGACGUGGCAGCUCACUUCCUGCAGCGCGAGAGGCGGAACGACGAGCUCUACUACCAGUCGUGCGAGUGCGUCGCUGUCAUGUUCGCCUCCAUCAGCAACUUCUCAGAGUUCUAUGUGGAGCUUGAGGCCAACAACGAAGGGGUGGAGUGUCUGCGACUGCUCAACGAGAUCAUCGCCGACUUUGAUGAGAUCAUCAGUGAGGACCAGUUUCGCCAGUUGGAGAAGAUCAAGACCAUCGGCUCCACCUACAUGGCAGCGUCUGGCCUGAACGACUCCACGUACGACAAGGCGGGCCGCUCGCACAUCCGCGCGCUGGCAGAUUACGCCAUGAGGCUGAUGGAUCAGAUGAAGUACAUCAAUGAACACUCCUUCAACAACUUCAAGAUGAAGAUUGGUCUCAACAUUGGUCCUGUGGUGGCUGGUGUUAUUGGUGCCAGGAAGCCUCAGUACGACAUUUGGGGGAACACGGUGAAUGUGGCGAGUCGAAUGGACAGUACGGGUGUUCCAGAGAGGAUCCAGGUGACGGCAGACCUCUACCAGCUGCUCAGCUCCUACAACUACACUCUAGAAUACAGAGGGAUGGUCACAGUCAAAGGUAAAGGAGAGAUGAUGACCUACUUUCUCACCAGCGGACCCACCAGCAGUUAACCCUCAAAGGAAGGACUCUGUGGACCCUCCGAGCUCAGGCUGCAAGCCAACUACUGAAGCCACAAACUCAGACUCUGAAAUCCGACCAAAGAUGCCUGAUCAGAGCACAGGUUCAAUCCAAGGAGCUUGAAUCAGCAAAAAAGAAAAAAAAAAAAAGAGAGAAAGAUGGCGUUGCGAGGAGCCCGCAGAUGUCGGAACUCCGUCACCUCCCCUCUCCCCUUUGCCUUUCCUGCUGAAGUAUCAACAUGCAGUUUUAUGUGUGUGAUUGUUCCGAGCGUGUCCAUGUUGUGGUUCCAGUGUGGACACUGACAGAACCCUCUUCUUUGUAUAACUAUUUAUAGAUGGAAGGACAACUGAAGUGUGAGUCCACGAUGUCAACUAAGAGCUUUUCUAACCCUCAACACUUUUCUAGUGGGACCUCUGGAAAAACACCACCCCGCUGGGUAUUUUAAGAAUCUAUAUUUUGUAUAUAUCAAAGAGAGAGAGAUCUAUAAUGUGAAUCAGAGGGAGGUAUUUUGUCAUAGCUGAGAGCCCCUCUGUGGUGUCGGCGUUUCACACUCCCAGUUGCUCUCACCCUCACACUGCGAAGAGAGAUGGUACGACCCUUUGAAUGUCCAAUGAUCUCCGAUGAGGCCUUUUACUCUGACACUUCUUCUGUGGACUGUUGUCUUUUCUUGAGUAGUGACUCAGUCAUUCAGGACAAACGACACCGCCCUCUGUCGUCCAGGUCAUCCUCACACGGUCACGACUUUUUCCUGAAGUCGCCUGAUUCCCGGGCUCACAGAACAUACCAGUCCACCGCUAUAUUAAACUAUAAUGACAUAUGGAUCAGAUCACCUGACCUCCCGGUCACUUGCAACACUUAAAUGAAUUUCAAUGACAUCCGUUUCUCAGGGACCUGACUUAUAAAAUGAUAAUAGUUCAGCACACAAAUGUGUCUCUUCUUGGUUCCUGUCCGAUAGAGAACGCUGAGUCAUCUAGCCCAGUGUGUCACUCUCGUCCAAGCAUCCUGUCCCUUCGUCUUUUGUUCUAUUCAACAUUUUUGGUUCCUAGCUAACAUUAGCACUGAAAGGUGGCGCUAAUGUUAGCAGUAGCACACAGUUUCUAGUCUGGAACUACUCAGAUACAGGCCGAUUUUAAUUUGCCAUCACGGCAUCAUCAUAGAGCAUCAAAUGAAACAAGUUCAACGUAAAGCAGAGACUAUCAUUAAAAUGUCACACAAAGACAAAAAACAGGAAAUUAACCCAACACUUAUCAUGUAUCCAACAACGACUACAGAACUGAGCACUUAGCAUUAACCACGCCACACAGACAGCUUUAUUUUGUCUGUCGGCCGCUGCUUCACUCCUCACUUUUAUCUGAGCAUUUAGUGCCAAGAGACCUGGUCAACAUCUGAGCUUCUGCAGUCUUCAGCAGAGAAGGCAGCCAACACACCAGCUUGUAAAGCCAAGUCACAUCGUCUGCUCCGAUAUGUUAUAUGCAGCGCUGCACACCGGAAUUAUUGAUGAUGACCUGGAUGACUCGUUCGUCUCCUCACUUCCUGGUGGACUCAAAUCGUGAGAACAAGGUUCUCAGCUGGCCAUCGCAAGACAUGUUUUUCUGGUCAUGUCAAUACUUCACUUUUUUUUUUUUUUUUUCUUUUUCAAAGUGCUGACACAACAUGAGCCAAUUAUUUAACUUUAGAAUCUCCUGAGAGCUGAUGGUUGAAGAUGUUACCAGCUGUUGAUGUUAUAUUGAAUGUAAUUGUUGUUCAGUACAACUUGGACAGCAGAAGUUUUGUUUGUCAACUGCCUCAUAAUAAACAUACAAACUUGAA